AUGGAUGGCGCGAUGCCUCGCAUCGACCCCCCAGUCGCGCGACCCGACAACGGCGCCGCACCGCGCGAGGACGCGACGCCGGACGCGUCCCCGGGGCGCGAGACUCCCCCCCGGACUCCCCCCGCGAUGACUCCCCCGCCGCGCACCGUCGCCGUCCCGCCGUUCGACGCCGCCGGCACGCUCCACAGCAGCGGCCGCCGCACCGCGUGCGUCUCCCCCGUCACGCACGCGCGCUUCGGCGCCGCGAGCGGACGCGGCGCGGACUCCCCCCCGGAGCCACCAAAACUCCCCCGCGGCGACGACUCCAGCACCGACAGCGACGUCGGCGCGCCGAGCUCGCGCGGCGCCGACGCGCGGAAGGACGGCGACGUUGCCGCGGGGGCCGCGCCGCGGCCGAUGCCCGCCUGGGUUCCGCCGUGGGCCGCGGACGCCCUGAGUCAGUGCAUGGCACACCCGCAUCUGUCGAUGCAGCUGGUGGCCGCGGCGUGGAUGGCGCUGCAGGCGCUGUACUUCUUCGCGCUGCGGGGCGUCUCGAUGGCCGGGUUUCCGUACGACGGGCUGCAGGCGUGGAAGCUGGGCGAGGCGUUCGACGCGUUGUCGGCGCUGCUGCGGUGGACGUUUGUCAUGGUGGUGAUGACGGGCGUCGCGGCGGAGAAACGCGCGUGGUACCUCGUGUGGACGAAGAGGGCGUGGUUCUGGCCGGCGUACCUCUGCGCGGGCGUGGCGCUGUCGUUCCUCGGCAACGUCCCCACGCUGCGCCACAGCGUCGCCGACAGCCACCAGUGGUCCGCGGAGACCGCUGCCAUCUUCGGCGUGGGCAUCGCGGCCGCAGCGGGCGUCGGCGCGUACCUGAUCUGGCGGGCGCACCGCACGCUGCCGCGCGCGCACUUCUGGCGCUUCUACGUCCCGCGCGUCGUCUGCGCGGCGCUGUUCUACCUCAUCCCGACCACGAUCUUCCUCGUGGCGACCGAGGCGGACCCGUCCGAGUACAGCGUCCGCGCGCACUUCCACCACUACGUCAUCGCCGCGCUCUUCCUGCUCCUCGUGGAGGGCCUCGACGGCCGCGUCCCCGCCGCGGUCACCGGCGCCUGCCUCUCGCUCCUCGCCCAGGGCAUCGCCGCGUACAACGCCGAGCCCGUGUUCUACGACGGCGACCGCUUCUACUUCGCCCAAACCGCGCCGUGCCAGUCGCACGUACAGGCGUCGGCGUGGGAAACCUGCCGGUGGUUCGAGGCGUCGCCGGUCGUCUGGAACAGCGGGGCGCACAUCGAGCUGAACCCCCCCGAGUACUGGUCGACGCUGACUCAGGCGCGCAACGUGAGCGUCGUGGCGUGCCUGGACCGCUUCGUCGGCGGGCAGCGCGUCGACGCGGCGGCCAUCCUGAGGGCCAGCGACCCGGACGUGCUCGAGUACAACCCGUUCGAGAGCCUGUAG